GUUCAGGAUGGCCUAUUUAAAGGAAAGGAUCAAUGCUUUUGUGGGCCAACCUGUUGAGAAAAAGCGCAGUGAUCAUCGGUUGAAGAAAGCAGACUCAUGCGAAGACCAUCGAGCAUGGGCACUAGAUGAAGAGUUUAGGAGGCAACACUUCUUAAAUGUAGUGAACAAUGCAGGUGCAGGAGAAGGAAUCCAACCUGAUGGUAAUGAAGACGAGGAAAAAUAUAAUCUUUUAGGCACAAGCCCCCCUGCCACUGAGCUCGAAAAACAAAUCGAAAAGCUUCAAGAAGAAAAUGAAAUACUGAAAAAUAUUGUAGCUGAUAAAGAAAAUGAAAUUGAUAAUCUGCUAACACGAAUCCACACAAUGUCUGAUCCAAAAGAGCAGAUCAGUGAUCUGGAAAGAGACAAGAACUUAUUGAAGAAUAUAAUUGCAGACAAAGAAAACGAAAUAGAACGGUUACUUUUCCGCAUUCAUGCCAUGCCUGAGGUUCAAGAAGUAAAAGACAAUAAUAAUCAGAAUAUUAUCGCCGACAAAGAAAAUGAAAUAGAGAAUUUGCUGACUCGCAUCAAUUUUAUGGCAGAGGCACAGGAGGAGCCGAAGGUCUUGCAAACCCAGCUGGAUGAUUUGUUGGAGCAGCUCAACAAAAAGGACAAAGAAUUGAAGAAAACAAAAGAAAUGUUAAAAAAUACUGAAAACAUGCUAAGAGAUUUACAAAAUAUUAUUCAAAGUGUUAAUGAUGAUCCUGAAAAGCAAAACAAUGAACUAGAUGAUGUGAUGAAAAAUCUUUACUCAGAAAUGCAAGACGAGAAUAAUAAAUUACAAAAUCGGGUUUUAGAGCUUGAAAACGCCUUACAAAAUGCUAAUUUAGAAAAUGAUAACUGUAAAAAAUACUUAGAAGCAGCUCAAAAUGAAAUAAAAGCUUUGGCUAGUGGAGAUAAAAAAGAGUACAACAAAAUUAUUAAUGAUUUAAGAUUUGACCUAGCGCAGAAAGAGGAUGAAAUAAAAAAUCUGAAAGACCUUAUAAAUAUGCAAGAAAAGCAAGCCCAAGAAGAAGUUUCUGUCUCUCCAAGUAAAGUGUCAGAAAUCAACAAACUAAAGAAUUUGCUUGAAAAUCACGACAAGGAAGUGGCUGUCUUACAAAAAGACUUGGCAGAAGAAAAGAAGAAAAGCAAUUUACUACAGGACCAAUUAAACCAGUUAAUUGAUGGAAAUAGUAGUGACUUAGCAAACCUAAUAAAAGAGUUGAACAACGAGAGAGAACUCAACAGUAAGCUACAGAUAGAUUUAGAACAAGAACAAAACAAAGCUAAUGCAUUACUCAAUGAACUUGAAAAAGCCAAAAAUGAUCUCAAGGAAUAUCAAAUGAAACUACCGGUUCUUAAUGAUGAUCUUGAUUCUGAUAAGUUAUCAAACUUACCUCUUUGUAGUGAGUGGGAAUCCAAAGUAAGAGAAUUGGAAAUCAUGCUGAAUAAUGAGAGGCAACUUAAUGAUAAACUUACAAAAGAUUUGCAGAAUGAAAAAAGUAAAUUGCUGAACGCAGCCCCAACAGAUGGCAAUGAACAGAAGUCGAGUUUAGCUGUUACUGAUAAAGAAAGUAAUUUGCAAGAUAAACCUGGCGAUGAUUUGACAACAAUAUUAGAAGAUAAGGUCAAAGAAAAUGCCGCACUUAAGGAGGAAAGUGAAAAAUUAAAGGAAGCUAAAGAUAAUGACAAUAAGUUAAUAAAACUUCUCUAUGACGAAAUAGAAAAGCUGAAAAAAGAUAAUAAUGACCUUAAGGUUUUAAUUGAGGAUUUUGAAAAACAACCCCUUCCUAAACAGGAUGUGGCUGCUGAGUUCCAAGAACUAAUUCAGCAAUUGGAUGAUUUGAAAAAAGAAAACAAGUCUCUUAAAAGUAAAAUAAUGGCUGUAGGAGUUGGACAAGAAGAAAACAAUUUAGGGCAAGAUGAACCUAAGAGUCUAAAUGAUGAAACUAUCAAUGGUUUAAGAAACAAACUUAAUGAUUUGUUGGCAGAAAAUGAUGCUCUUAAAGGCAAAAUAAAAUCUUUAGAGGAUCAGACCUUACCAAUUUUAGAAUCAAAAACAUCAAAAGAUGAGAUUAUAGCGAAUUUACAAAACAAGCUAAUGGCUUUAGAAGAUGGAAAUAGGAAACAUCCUAGAGAAGAAAAUACAAGUUUAGAAGAAGAAAUUAAUAAGUUAAAACUUAAUGCUGAUAUUGAGAAAAAAAAAUGUGAAGAACAAGUCUUAAACAAAGACAAAAUCAUCGAAAACUUGGAAAAAGAUUUGAAAAAAUUACAGGAAGACAAAAAUAUAUCACCGUCUGAGAAAACUGCCAUCAUACCUUUUUCAACUAUUGAUGAAGGAGGAACCAAUGAGAAAGAAGCUCAAAUCAAAGAACUUAAAGAUGAAAUAGACAUGCUCAAAAAGAACUUAAAUCAAAUCAAAGAAGAAAAUAAUAAACUAUCAAAAGACAAUAAUGAGCUAAAAGAUAAAAUUGCAAAGUUAACUGAUAAGGAAGAUACAGAUUUACUUCCCUCCCCAAGCCCAUCUGUAGAUAACAAACAAUACGAAAAAGAAAAUUACAAUCUCAAAAAAGAAAUACAGAACUUAAGAGACCAAAUUGAAAAGCUAGAGAAAGAAGUUAAAGACAAUGAAACACUCUGUCAAGAGACAAUGAAAUUUAUUGAGGAUAACUCUAAAUUACUAACUCAGGAAAACUUAGAUCUAAAAAAUUCAAAUAUGAAACUGGAAGAUAAAAUACAAGUUCUGGAAAAUCAAGCCAAAAAUUUACUAUCAGGAAAUGAUAAAUCUGUCUUUGAAGAACUUUCUCAAGAAAACAAAGAUGUUCGGGAUGAAAAUGAAAAUCUUAAAAAUAAAAUCAAGUAUUUAGAGGAUGAGCUGAAGGAUUUCAAAGAUGAAGUAAAACAACCAGAACUCGACAAACUGGUUUCAGAAAACACUAAUCUUCAGAAUGAAAUAAAAAAGUUAAAUAAUGAAAUCAAAUCUCUUGGUGGUGAAAUAAUUAACUUAAAAUCAAAGGAAGAAAAGCAUGGUCCUUUGGAACCUGAUAGUUUAAAUACCCUACAAGAUGAAAAUAAUAAGUUGAAAGGUACGAUUGAAACCCUUGAAGACAAAAUGAAGGAUUUGAAAAUUAAAGAAGAUGAACUAAGUAAGCUUGCUGCAGAAAAUGCUGGGUUACAGGACGAAAAUUUGAAUUUAAAAGGAAAAAUCAAAUCACUUGAAGACAGUAUUGACAGUUUGUUAGCAGGGAAAGAAGAAGAUUGGAAAAUAAAUCUUACUGAAGAAAAAAACAAUCUUCAAAAUGAAAAUGAAGGGCUUAACAAAAAAAUAAAAACCCUACAGGAUGAAAUAAGAGAUUUAAAGGCAAAAGAAAACCAACCUGGGCCUGAUCAAUCUGAAGAUAUUAUUAAAUGUAAGAAUGAGGUCAUGGAUUUGAAUAGUCAAAUCAAUUAUCUUGAAAACGAACUAAAAAUGUUGAAGGCAGAUCGAGAAAUACCUGAUGCUCAGGAACUUAGCAAGCAAAAUGCAGACCUCAAAGAAGAAAUUGCUCAAUUAAAAGGUAAAGUCACAUCACUUGAAAAUCAAGUGAAGGAUUAUCCACAGGGACAAAAUGAAAUUUUGACUGAAAAUCUUUCUAAAGAAAAUGCUGAUUUGAAGGGUGAAAACAAAGAGUUGAAAGAUAAAAUUAUAUCCCUUGAGGAUGAAGUCAAGGAUUUGUUAUCAGGAAACAAUAAGCUUGAGAACAUACUGAAGGACAAUAAAUCAUUACAAGAUCAGAAUAAAAAUCUUGAAAAUGAAAUAGCAAAACUGAACAACCAAAUUGCAUCUUUAGAGAAUCAAGCCAAGGACAAAUCGCUAGAUAAACAUGAAGAAGAACUUUCCAAGGAGAACAAAGCUCUAAAAGACGAAAUAAAGUCAUUAAAAGAUAAAAUAGAAGAUUUAAAAACCGAAGCUCAAAAACCUAUUUCCGAUAAUCUUAUUAAUGAAAAUGCUGAUUUGAAGGACAAAAACAAAAUUUUAAUGGGUGAAAUUAAAUCACUAGAAGAUAAAUUAAAAGAUUUGUUGUCAGGAAAAGAUGAAAGUAUAUUUGAGAAUCUAUCAAAGGAGAAUACGGAAUUACAAGAUGAGAAUAAAAAACUUAAUGCCAAAAUCAAAUCCUUAGCAGACGAAGUAAGAGAUUUUAAAGCUCAAGAAAAGAAAAAUGAAAUAUUAGUCGAUGAAAACGCUAGCCUUCAAGAUGAAAAUAAAAUGUUAAGAGAACAAAUAAGUUCUUUGGAGGGUAAAAUACAAGCUUCAACAUCUAAGGAGAGAGUACCUGUACCAGAGAAAUUUAAAGACAUUUCUGAACUUCAGAUUGAAAACAAUAAUUUAAAAGACGCUUUAAAUACUCUUAAGGGCCAAAUGAACAGUUCCCUUCCAGAAAAAGAUAAUGCUUUGUAUGAAGAUCUCACUAAGGAAAAUACUGCUUUACUGAGUGAAAAUACUAAAUUAAAAGCUUCUAUUGAUUUACAAAGAGAUCAAAUUAAAUCUCUUGAAGAUGAAUUAAAAAAUCAGAAACCUGUGAUCAGUAAACUCGAAAAAGAAAAUAAUGAGCUACGUAAAGAAAAUGACCAAUUAAAUGAUAAAACAAAAGCUCUUGAAGAUAAACUGAAGAGUUUGCCGUCAAAAUCUGAUGAACUCACAUCUGAAGCACUUUUGCAAGAAAAUGAAGUCCUGAAGAAAGAAAACAAGAAACUGAAAGAAGAUAUCCAGAAUUCAAAUGACAAAAUUAAGUCUUUAGAAAAUAAAGUCACAGAAUUAGAAAUUGGAGGAAGAAAUCUGGAAACAAAAAAUUCUGAGCUAUUGGACGAAAACAAGAAACUAUAUGAAAAAAUUAAAUCUUUAGAAAACCAAAUCAAGGAAUUACUAUCAGGGCAGGAUAAAACCAUGUUUGAAGCACUUUUAAAGGAAAAUGCUGAGCUUCAGAAUGAAAACAAGAAACUAAAAGAUGACAUUAAAUCCUUUUUGGAUAAAAUAAAAUCCCUAGAAGAAGAAUCAAAGAGUCCCAAGAUAGAAAUUCAGAACUCCAAUCUUGACAAACUGGUAAAAGAAAAUAAUGAUCUUCAAACUGAAAACAAGAAACUAAAUGAUAAAGUAAAAUCUCUUGAAAGUGAAAUAAAGAGUUUAUUAUCAGGCCCGGAUAAAGCUAUAUUUGACUCGAUAUCCAAGGAGAAAAAUGAAUUACAGAAGGAAAACAAUGAACUUAAAGAUCAGAUUAAAAGUCUAAUCGACAAAAUAAAAAACAUGGAAUCAGAUCAAUCAAAUGAUAUAAGACAAUUAAAAUCUGAGUGUAAAAAGCUUUCCAAAGAAAAUGAAGAAUUGAAAAAUAAAAUUAAAGAAUUGGAAAAGAAAAUAUCAGAAUGUGAAACACAGAGCACUGAUGGGGAAAAUAGUGAAGCUAUAAAGAGCAAGUUGAAGUCUAUAGAAAAGGAAAAAGAAUCUUUGAAUAGCAAAGUAAAUGAUCUCAAAAAAGCAUUGGCUAGUGAAAAAAGUGAGAGAAAAUAUUGUGAAGAUGAAAAUAAUAGACUUUUAGAUAUGUUGAAAAAUUCCAACAACAAUAGCUCAGAAAAUGAAAUACUAAAAUUUCAUAGGAUAAAUAAUGACAAAUUGAAAAAAGAAAAUGAAAAGCUGAAAGAAAAAAUUCAGGACUUGGAAGAUAAGUUUAUAGAAAAAUCCAAAGCACCAAAAAAAACUAAACAAUCCAAACAAAAGCAGAAAACUGAGCCGUCAGAUUCCGAUAGGAAAUUAAGAGAAACUGAGAAAGAUGUUGAUGAAAAAGAAGUUCUUGACUUGAGAAAGAAAUUGAAAGAAGCAAAUGAGAGAAACGGUGAACUAAAUGAGCUUAGAAAUAAGCUAGUUGAGUCUGAAAAACUUAUCGAUGCUCUGAACAAGCAGAUUUCAAGACUAAACAAGGAAAAUCAAGAGCUGAGCAAACUGAGACCAUCCCUUGAAGAGCUGGAAUAUGUCCAUGACGCUUUGAAUAAAUCAAUGUCUGAGCGGAAAAACAAACCUUCUAGUCCGUGCAAAAAAUCACCUGAAGAGAUGGCCAGCAAAAUCGAAGUGCUAGAGCAGCAGAUUCUUUCUCUGAUGACGAGACUGGAGAGAUAUCGACAGCACAGUAGUGACCAGGAGAGAAGGUUGAUAGAUUAUUCACAGAAGGUUCAGAGGCUCACCACAUCCAUAGGGCUGCUGGAGAUGAAAAACGACAGUGUGAUGAAUGAGGCAAAACAUCUCAGGUGA